GCUACGACGGCAUGAAGUGCUCCCGGAUCGAAGACGGCAAGCGGCAGAUCGCAGCCGGCGUGCUUGGCUCGGUGGUGCUGCUGGCCACCAUUGUCAUGCUAUCCAUCUACUGGAUCUGGAAGGAGCAGGAGAUCGUCGGCCUGCUCUGGAAGAUCGACGCCGCUGACCUGGUAGAGACGGGCCAGCCGCGGCCCGGCGAAAGUCCCAGCAAGCUCAGUCAAGCCAGCAUAGCGUCGUACGAGUCGAAAGGGUUCGGCCAGAUCUUCACUCUGACCGGGCGGUACAGAGGCAUCACCGUGCGGAUACAGAAUUUGAACUUCAGCAAGAAAGUAGACAUAUCGCGCGCCGUGAUGAAGGAAAUACGCACGAUGCGUGAACUGCGUCAUCAAAACGUCAACUCCUUCUUGGGUGGCGUCGUUGAACCGAGCUGCUUCAAGAUCGUCAGCGACUACUGCACCCGUGGCAGCCUUCCGGAUAUACUGGAAGGAGACGAGCUGAAUCUAGAAUAUAUGUUCAUCGCCGAACUUAUCCGCGACUUGGUUAAGGGCAUGCUGUACUUGCACACCUCUACGCUGCUCAUGCACGGCAAUCUCAAAUCGUCCAACUGCGUGGUGACCUCCAGAUGGGUGCUCAAGGUCACUGACUUUGGCCUGCACGAGCUGCGCACGAUGUCAGACCGCGACAGCGAGUGUGAUUACCAGUACUACAAGAGUCAGCUGUGGAAGAGUCCGGAACAGCUGCGCUCGCCACCGACAGCGCCGCACCGCUCGCAGGCGGACGACGUGUACGCGUUCGGCAUCAUCCUGCACGAGAUCAUGUGCCGCGAGGGUCCGUUCGGCAGCAGCGCGCCGCGCGAGGAGCCCAAACAGAUCGUGGAGCGGGUGCAGGCGGGACCGGGGCCGGGGCCGGACGACCAGCCGUUCCGGCCCUCCAUCGGCUGUCUGCGGCCGCCUCCCGACAUGCCGGCAGAGUCAGAGAAGCUGGUGGUGGAGUGCAUGCAGCAGUGCUGGAACGAGUCUGACCUGGCCAGGCCUACAUUUCUGGACGUGAAGAAGAUGCUACAGCCCCUCCGCUCCGGACUAUCUGUUAAUCUGGUAAACCAAAUGAUGGAGAAAAUGGAGAAGUAUGCGAACAACCUGGAGGAUCUGGUGAGGGAGCGCACCCACCUGCUGAAUGAAGAGAAGCAAAAGACGGAGGCUCUUCUCUAUCGCAUGCUGCCACCGCCGGUGGCGUACAACCUGACCCGGGGUAUCCCCGUCCAGCCGGAGACGUUCGACUCAGUCACCAUCUACUUCAGCGACAUCGUUGGCUUCACACAGAUCUCAGCCGACAGCUCGCCGCUACAAGUGGUGGAACUGCUGAACGACCUGUACACCCUGUUUGAUGACAUCAUACAGGGCUAUGAUGUCUACAAAGUCGAAACAAUCGGUGACGCAUAUAUGGUCGUGUCAGGUGUGCCCGAACGCAAUGGGAUCCGGCAUGCGGGCGAAAUCGCCUCGAUGGCGCUCAGCCUGCUCCAGGCGAUCCGCAAGCACACGAUCCAGCACCGGCCCAGCGAACAACUCAAGCUGCGCAUCGGGGUGCAUACCGGUCAGGUGGUGGCCGGCGUGGUGGGACUCACCAUGCCGCGCUACUGUCUGUUCGGCGACACCGUCAACACCGCCUCGCGCAUCGAGUCGACCGGCGAGCCGUUGCGCAUCCACAUAUCGGACCGGUGUCACCGCACGCUGGCGCGCCUCGGCGGCUACCGGACGGAGCCGCGCGGCCCCGUACCCAUGAAGGGCAAGGGUCUAGUGGAGACGCACUGGCUGCUGGGCGCCGACGCCGGCGCUGUGCAGCGGCGGCGUGUCGACCUGCCGUCGCUGCCACCACUCUUCUCGCGCAGCAGCGUGUGUCACGGCACGGCGGCGCAGUGUGCGUCCACCCUCAGUUUGCCGAGCGAGCGCACCCGCGGCUCGGCGGCGGCGACCUGCGGCGCCCCGAGUCCGGCGCCAUCGCGGUCGUCGGAGCGCCCGAACCGGCUGGCCGUGCCGCGCUGCCUCCACCGACCGAACGGACUGCCGCCCAUUCGGGAGUCGCGCAGCCUGGAGAACUUCCGGCCGGCGCCGCGGCUGUCGGCGCCGCCGCACCGGCGCGACUCCCGCUCGGUCGGCAACUGUCGCGACCUUGGGCCGCCGCAGGACGCGCCCGGCGAGGUCCAGCCGCUCAUACCGAAUCCGCGCCUGCUGCAAAUGCGGCUGGCGUCCCAGCUGGAGUCGGCCGCGCUGGCUGAUGAGGAGGAGGCGGAGGAGACGGAGGGUGAGGAGGACUGGUUUCGGCGCUUCUUCAGCCGUCACCGACUCGAGCCGCCCAUGCCGCUCAACGGCAAGCUCAAGCACAACGGCUACAGCCUCCACUCGAGCCACGACACGGCCGUGUGA